UUCACAGUUCUUCUCGAGUCUGCGGAGAUUAUCAUGCAUUUUGGCUCAACUGUUUUCGCCAAAAGUAGUGCAUCCGAGCAACGCCUCUCAAUACGUUCACACAGGAAGUUUCAGCCUAUAAACACCUGCCUGCUACUAUGUUUUUCGCUGCUAAUCUUCCUCGCUGGCGCCAAUGCGUGUCCACAGUGCCCACCCACAGUCGGGUGGGAUGGUGGUUCCAUGAAGCUGUUGCCACAGAACAUCCCAGCAGGCCGAACCACAUCGUGCUUUUACCUCGAUGGUCCGAAUAGCAGCUCACCAGUGGAGAAGUGUGUGUAUGAGACCGCCACCGGCAAGUUGACAAAAAAGCUUGGGCAUUGUCCGGCUACAGUACCUGUGAAGGCACACUGCUGAAUGUGCUGUGAAGAGGUGGGGGAGACGAGAUACCCAGGAGGAGCAAUGUUUAUCUGCAGACAGCCGGUUGUACGACAGUACUUCGAUCACUGUACGAGAAUUGCCAAAUACUUAGUUGCAUCCCCUAUUAGAAUUCCCCAGUACUUGCUAAGGUUAUUCACCGGCCUGUUGUACACGUCCAAAGCCGCGGCUUUCAGGCUAAGCCGGGCCGGCACACUGAAGGCUCAUUUUGGGUCAG